CUUUCCAUGGUGGUCAACAAAGCCAACCUCCAAGUCUCCAACCUCUACAUAACUCCUCUCAUGUCUUUCUCUAGAGUCUUGAUACUAAUAGGGUUUGUGUAACGCUACUCUUCAUUGUUAGUCCUCUCCUCGAUCCUUCUUCCUAGUUUAGACCCUGUUUGGAUUGAUGGGAUUGGUGCGGCAUUUGAUUCAUUUUAUCAUGCAUGUGCAAAUGAAAAUGGGACAGAGCUUAGAAUUUGACUGAUGAGACAAGCAUUUUAGGUGCCUCCAUUUUCCUGGUUCAUGUCAUAUUAGUCUUUCCUAUUAUAAAUCUCCAAGCUUGGCACUUGCUAUUUAGAUAUCCAAAAAUUCCCCUAACUCUCUCUCUCUCUUGUUGGGUUUUCAACUUUUCACUCAUCCUCUUUAUGAAGAGACUAUUGCAGUAAAAAGAAGACUGAUCAUUGGUCUCGAUCUAUCAUGCCCCCCCAUGCACAUAUAUGUUUCUAGCAGCACGGCCAGCACCUGAAGUAAAGAAAAGAAAACAAAUCUAAAGAAGUGCUACAAAUCCUUCAAGCAUGAAGUUUAUGAAGCUUGGAUCCCGCCCUGAUACUUUCCACACAACUGAAGCUUUGAGAUCAGUCUCCUCUGAAGUUUCAAGUGAUCUCAUUGUCCAAGUCAAAGGAAUCAGAUACCUACUACACAAGUUUCCGUUAUUGUCGAAGUGUUUGAGGUUACAGAGAGUAUGCUCAGAGCCAGAGAGCCGCCGGGAAACGUCACCGCCGCAACAAAUCGUGGAUCUCCCGGAAAUCCCGGGCGGGCCUGACGCUUUCGAGGUUUGCGCGAAGUUCUGUUACGGCAUCACGAUCACCGUCAGCGCCUACAAUAUCGUCUCCGUCCGGUGCGCCGCCGAGUAUCUCCAGAUGACGGAGGAGGUCGAGAAAGGGAACUUGAUAUACAAAUUGGAUGCCUUUUUCAAUACCUGCAUUCUUCAGGGGUGGAAAGAUGCAAUUAUUACACUCCAGAGCACAAAGGGUUUCCCAUCGCUGUCGGAGGAGCUCGCGAUUACGGCGCGCUGCGUCGACGCCAUAGCUUUGAAGGUUUUGACCCAUCCCGGCAAGAAAAAUCUGUCGAGAAGCUACUCGACGCGGCGAGACGACGCCGUUCCUUUCUGCGGGUCGAAAGGCUGGUGGGCGGAGGAUUUGGCCGAAUUGAACGUUGACUUGUACUGGAGGACGAUGAUCGCCAUUAAAUCCGGCGGGGGCAGAGUUCCGGCCAGCCUAAUCGGCGACGCGCUUAGGGUUUACGCCUCCCAUUCCCUCCCGAACAUCUCGAAGCCGUUGCCGGAGGAUUCGGAUUUCUCCAAACACGCCCUAAUUUUGGAGUCGAUUGUGAGCCUAUUGCCCGCAGAAAAGGGCGCGGUUUCCAGCACCUUUCUUCUGAGAUUGCUCAAAGCAGCUAACAUUCUCAGAGCUUCAAAUGCUACAAAAAUGGAGCUGGCAAGAAGGGUAGGGAUUCAAUUGGAAGAUGCCAGCGUUUGUGAUCUCUUGAUCCCAUCUGAGCCGUCCAAAGGUGAGACGAUCUACGACGUUGAUCUAGUGAUGACGAUGUUAGAGCAGUUCAUGUCGCAGGCGCAGCCCAGUCCUCCGACGAGCCCUCCUCGGAGGAGCAGGGGGGGUUUCGAGAGAAGAAGAAGAUCAAGGUCGGCCGAGAAUGUGGAUUUUGAGUUCCAAGAAAGUAGGAGAUCUUCCUCUGUUUCACAUGCCUCUAAGCUGAAGGUAGCGAAGUUGGUGGAUGGCUAUCUCCAGCAUAUUGCGAAAGACCCAAAAUUGCAGCUGUCCAAGUUCAUAGCCGUUGCUAAUUCGGUCCCUGAUUUCGCCAGAAUCGACCAUGAUGAUAUCUACAGAGCUAUUGACAUCUAUCUUAAGGGGCACCCAGAACUCAGCAAGACAGAUAGAAAACACCUAUGCAGGAGUCUGGAUUGCAGAAGGUUAUCAAUGGAAACCUGCAUGCAUGCAGCACAGAACG